AUGCACGCCUUCGGGCCGCCUGCCGAGCCGCAGCCUCACGCCCAGGAGCUGCUGGACGUGGCGGGGUGUCCCGGGAUCUACCCGCCGGGCAGGUCCUUGCCUCAGCCUCAAACCACCGCUAAUCCUUAUCUGUGGCUCGGCGGCCCCACCGCCGCCUACCUGCCCGCCGGCCCCUUCCUGCCGUCGGGCUGUGCCCCCGCGCAGCGGCCGCUGUCGGGCGGUCCGGGUGCGGAGCGGGGCUGGCCGGGGCUGUCACCGCAGCAGGAGUGCCUGCGCCCAGCCAGGCCACCCUACUCCUACUCGGCGCUGAUCGCCAUGGCCAUCCAUAGCGCGCCGGGCCGGCGGCGGACCCUCAGCCAGAUCUACCAGUACGUGGCCGAAAACUUCCCCUUUUACAAGAAAAGCAAAGCAGGCUGGCAGAACUCCAUCCGCCACAACCUCUCCCUUAACGAUUGCUUCAAGAAGGUCCCGCGGGACGAGGACGACCCGGGCAAAGGCAACUACUGGACCCUUGACCCCAACUGUGAGAAAAUGUUCGAUAACGGCAAUUUCAGGAGGAGGAGGAAGAGACGGGCUGAGGCCAGCAUGCCUGAGGGGGCUGGGGGGCUGCGGGGGUCCCCCAGUGCUGAUACCCCCUUCUACGGGGCUCAGAUGUGA